AUGGCGGUGCAGGCUUCCUCUGAGAACGGCGAAGCCGCUCCAGCUUCACAGCGGGGCUCCUCUGCGGGUCGUGCGCAGCACAAUCCCCUGCUUCCGCCAGCAGCCCCUCUCGCUUCCUCCUGUCCGCCUUCGCCUUCUGGGCCUUCAGGAGCGAAAGAAGUAACGCAGGGAGACACGUGCACUGACAAGAAACCGCCAACUCUGCAGGAUGAGAUGGCGGGUCCCUUUGUUUCUCGCCUGGAUCGGGCAUGUAUCGAUAUGCUCGCCCAUAUCUCCUCUGCUCCUUCGUCCCCUUCCGCGCUGUCUCUCGAAGGCCCAAAUCCCGUUUUCUUGCCCUUCGAUGAGGACGCAUGCCUGCUUCCCAAGGCUUUAGCGUGGGCGCGAGCACUGCCUUCUGCUGGAUCUGCUGACGCGCCUGCGGAACUUUCGUCUUCGGCCGCUUGUCCCUCGCGCCCGGCUCCCUCGAAAUCGCAGCAUGCGGAUUCGCCAGCACUGCCUGCGAGGCCUUCGCGCGAAUGCGGACACAUUUUUGUGGCUUUGGAGCCUUUCCUGCAGCGCGUUCUGGGGCUGCCCGCGCGCCAAGCGCCGCGUGCCGUCCCCCUCAAGCAGCAGGCACCGUCGGCGUCGUGUCUGCCUACUACCGAAGAGAAAGCAGCGAGUGCGCCAGGAGGCAGUGAGGGGGGAGAGGAGGCGACCCAGGAUUCCGCCUCGCGCCUGUUCCCGUAUCUGUCGCCUACAGUGCUCAAGCGCGUGGAAGCUCUCCUCGAGAGACCUCCCGUUGGGCUCAUCGGCGUUGCUCGCUUCGGCGCUGCCUCGGCUGCCUCGGCUGCCUCCCCUCCUCCCUCCCCUUCUGCGGAGUCCGCUGAGUCGUUCGCCCUUCCCGAUGGCGACCCUCAGGUGUUGGUAGUGAGGCCGCUGAUGCCUGCAGCGUCGGGGUCGCAGGCGUCGCGGAAGCGCAAGCGCAACGCUACCCAGUCUUCGGGCUCGCCCGCGUCUUCGCCUCCUGCCGCAGCGUCCGCUUCGUUUUCUGCUGAGGCUUCGCCUGACUCAGAGGCAAACUACUCUCCGUUUCCAACGACCUUUUGGCUUUGCGACGAACGCCUGAGGCGGGACAUUUCGACUCUGGAGGUGCGAGGGCGCAUGAAAUCUAUUGAAGAGCGGAUUCAAGGAGACGAAGAACUGGAAAAGUCCCUCGUCGCAGACCACCUGCGCUACAUCGCGAUCCGCUGGCUCCUCCUGCCAGUGCCCGUCUUGCGGCACUUUUACUGCCUCGAGGACGCUACCCCAGAGAGGCGAGAGACAGAGGACCCCGGUAACGCGAAGAGGGUGAAGACGGAUGGACCGAACGCAGGAAAGGAGCCGCAGGCGGCCCAGUCCCUCGGCGCACGCGCGGAAGCUGAAGAAGGCGACUCUGCGACGCAGCCGUCCGAGCACUGUCGCCUCUGCCGAUUGCUUCAUGUGCUGAGACAGCGCGGAAUCGGAGGCAUUGCGACUUUCUCCUCAAUGAGGUGUCUACACAUGCACUACGGCUUCCACCUCGUUCUUCCGCCGACCACCGUCGGACAGCUCAUCGACGAGGAACUCGGCAAACUGAGGGAAGAAGAGGAAGAGCUCGCGUCCCCACAGGCGUAG